AUGAACUCCAUGAAACCUGAAGAGAACAAGUCAUUCACUGCUACAGAAAAUGGCCGGGGUACCAGACCUGAAGAGUCACAGGAUGCUGUCAUGAGGCAGACAUGUCCUGGCACACCUGCUGCUCAUUCUCUGUCUGACAGGAAAGAGCGUAGCAGUCCCAUUAAGCUUAAAAGUGAAGUCAAGCAGGAAGCCUCUGUGGAAAUUCAGAACCAAGACUUGAGCACCAGUAAAAAAUGUUCUUUUACUUUUACCUUGAGUGAAAGCUCCAGGAAAUUAGACCGUAGUGUGUUUACAACCCAUGGUAAACUCACUGAGAAUAUCUACUCAGCCCUGAGAGCUAAGGCCAAUUUCAGAGAAAGGAUGGAGAAUCAUUUUAAUAAGAACAUCCUUGUUUAUGAAGAGAAAACUAUAGGCGGAUAUGUAAAUUUAGGAAUGCCUCUCAAGUGCCUACCUAAAGAUUCCCAUUUUAAAAUAACAUUUGGUCAAAGAAAGGGUAACCAGGAAGAUGAUCAGAUGUUUCGCCAAUGUGAAGAUCCAAACAUGGAAUGCAUUCUUUUUCACGUUGUUGCUGUUGGAAAGAAUAUAAAGAAGAUUGUCAAGAUCAAGGAACUUCAUGAAAGAGGAAGUACACUUUGUAUCUAUGUGUUAAAGGGUGAGACUAUCCAAGAAGCUCUAAGCAAGGAUGGCUGAUUUCGGUCCGACCUUGACAAAUUUGAAUGGAAAGUAAUGGAAGAUCAUCAGAAAAUUCAUGAAAAGCAGUCCCUGGUGGAUGAAGUAUGUGGAAAAACCUUAGAAAUGGACAUUUUUAAGAAACAUGUCAGGAGAGGUGCUCCUAAAAAAGUUAAUCAGAAUGAAAAUGCCAUUGAUGAAAUCGGUCCCCAGGAUCAGAUACAGUCUGAGAUCAAAGAAUACGAACCAGAGGCGGAUGGGGAAACUGAAGUUGUAGAGUCCAACAGAGAAAAAAUCGUCCCACCUCAGAGUCUAGGGCAUGGUAUUAAAGGUAAAAAACGACGCACAAUUUCCAGAAUAAGGGAUUAUUAUAAUAGUUUUAACAGAAAAUACUGGAGGAACAACUCAAGACAUAGGCAAAGGCCCCCUGUGGGUAUGCUGCAUGUUAUUCAAGCUAUCCCGAGGAAGGCAGCUAACCUCUGGCUAAAGAAUUGCCAAAUGCUGGACAAACAUAUAAUGGAUCAAUAUCCAAAUUUUAAUAAGGAGGCACUUUGGAUGAGAAAGUAUUUUCAGGAUGAACGGAAGAGAACCAAACUGACAACCUUUCAACAAUUCAACAUAUAUAAAAAGUACUUUGGGAAAGUGACUGAAAAUUCUACUUCAGUUGCAACCUGUGAAGAUCUUAUUCAUCUUAGUAAGUCAGUUGGGUUCAUGGCAUGGGACAGUAAUGGAAAUGGAGGGAAUGCUACUUGCUUUGUCUUCAAUCAUGGUUAUAUUUUCACCUGUCGACAUGUAAUACAUCUUAUGGUGGGAGAAGGCACAGAUCCAAGUUUGUGGCCAGAUAUAAUAAGCAAAUGUGCAAAGGUAACUUUCACUUAUAAAAGGUUCUGCCCUAUCAAUGUUGAUUGGUAUGACAUUGAGCCAUGGUUUGGAGUGUCUGAUGGACCUCUAGAUUAUGCCAUUCUAAAGCUAAGAAAUAAUGGAAAUGGAUUCCCUCCAGGCCUGUUUGAAUGAAUUUCCUCUCAAACACCUAGUGACUUGGUUUAUUUAAUUGGUCACCCAGAAGGCCAGGUCAAGAAGAUAGAUGGCUGUGCUGUGAUUCCUCUAAACCGGCGGUUAGAGAGGUACCUAGAACAACACCAAGAUGGGAUGGUAGAACCCCAUGCUGCCCCUUAUAAUGUUUUCUCCAUGUUCACCCAAAGAAGUUUCCUACCAGAAGUUUGGAGCACUGACACCCUUAGCUAUGAUACCAGCUUUUCCAGUGGGUCCUCUGGCUCCCCAGUGUUUAAUACAUCUGGUGAAUUGGUUGCUAUUCAUACUGUUGGGCAUUUUUACAACCAUGGAGGUAAAACCCAAGCCCUUAUUGAAUAUGGCUAUUCUAUGUGUUCAGUUCUUUGUGACGUUAAACUUAAAAAUGAGAGCUUUUAUAAAUUCUUAAAUGAAGGGGAAAACAAGAACCAUAACGAAGACCAUAACAAACAAGAGUUGUCACUUCAAGAUCAUCAGAUUGAAUCCACGGAACAUUAG